UUCUCUUCAUCUUCUACAACAAUUCUCCCUUCAAAUACUGAUAAAGUCUUCCUGGCACUGUACUAUGAAUCUCUAUGUCCAUACAGCGCUAAUUCCAUAGUGAGUUACCUUAACAAGCUCGUUGAAGAUGACGAGCUUCUCUCAAUCGUUAAUCUUUACCUCUCUCCUUGGGGUAAUGCCAAAUUCAGAGGAAACGACACCUUUUUUUGCCAGCAUGGUCCAUAUGAAUGCUUAUUGAAUACAGUGGAAGUUUGUGCAGUUCAUGCCUGGCCUAAAUUGGAAGACCAUUUUCCUUUUGCUUACUGUGUCGAGAGAUUGGUUUAUGAGAGGAAGUACCCAGAAUGGGAGUCUUGCUUCAAGGAAUUGGGUUUGGAUCCAAGGGCUGUUUCUGAGUGCUAUACUGGUGGUGGAUAUGGCGAUGAUCUUGAAUUAAAAUAUGCAGCUGAAACAAAUGCCCCUGAGCCUCCACAUAAUUAUGUGCCAUGGGUGGUGGUUGAUGGGCAGCCACUUUAUGAGAUUACUUGGUGGAAUUCAGGAAUUACUCUGUUUUUUUUUUGGGAUUAUGAAGACUUCAUAACAUACCUCUGCAAGGCCUACAAAGACAUUGCCACACCCAAAGCUUGCAGCAAACCAUCUGGUUAUUCCAUCCAAAGGCCAAAAGCAAAAUCAAUCCCUCCAGUUUGCUAUAGGGAUACCAUUAUAUCAACGCUAUUGGAACAGAUUAAAUCAGCAAUAUCAUUGUGGAUGCAGUAUAAGGCGAUCAGAGCUGCUUCAGCAUGCGUGCAUCUCAAUUCCAUAUACUUUCCAGUUUGAUUGCGUUGCUGUCGGCACGCUAUUAAUGCUGUCAAGUCAGCAGUCCUCAGCUAAGUGCAUGUCUGAAGUUGCCACCCCCCUUUCUCGCCUGAAAACAAUUGAUGUUGUCAUUUACUACCAGAUAACGUUGUUUUGUGAUUGCGGGUUGGGGUGCUGUUAGAUAAUAUUUUGUCUGUAUAUAUUUAUCAAUUCAGCAACAAGUAUGUGUCUCGAUGAAUACUUGUAGCCUGUAUUGUGCUUGAUAAUAGGCGGUCCUGUGGUUUGUUGCAGUGAUCUAA